AUGAAGGACAUCAGUACCGACGAAGCUCACAUUGAAGAUACCGAGAAAGGCGCCCUGCAGCAUGCAGAUAUCAUUGCAUCUUUCAGUCCAGAUGAGCAAAAGAAGCUCAUUCGGCGGAUUGACACCCGCCUGGUGAUCACGUUGGGGUUCCUGUACUGUGUCAGUCUGCUGGAUCGGACUAAUCUUGGGGCUGCUUCUGUUGCUGGAAUGCAGGGUGACUUGAACAUGAACGCUUCCAACAAUGGCUACAGUAUCACAUCUUUAGUGUUCUUCAUCACAUAUACCAUCUUCCAGAUCCCCGCCACGGUGAUCAUUCGCAAAGUCGGGCCCCGGCUAUUCAUUGCGGGUAUUGUGCUUGUCUGGGGCGCUGUCAUGCUGAGCUUUGGCUUCGUCCCAAAUUGGCAAACCAUGGCCGGCCUGCGCAUCAUUCUAGGUGCGCUAGAGGCUGGAAUGUAUCCUGGCAGCGUCUACCUCCUCAGUACCUGGUAUCCACGCUACGAGCUCCAGAAACGAAAUGCCACAUUCUACCUAAUUGGAAGUAUGGCCUCGGGCUUCGGUGGUAUCCUGGCCUACGGAUUGAUGCAGAUGGAUGGAUUAGCCGGCAAAGCUGGAUGGGAAUGGAUUUUCAUCAUCGAAGGUCUCCUAACCUGCAUCCUCGGAAUCGUCUCCUACGUCUUCCUAGUCGACUUCCCCGAACGGGCCCCAAAGUCCUGGAAUUUCAUCAACGAACGCGAAGCACAGUUUGUCAUUGCCAGAAUCGAAAAUGACAGAGCCGAUGCUUCUGUGGAGCCAUUCUCCAUGGGCAAAUACCUGGCCAAUGGCAAAGAUAGCAAGGUCUGGGCUUAUGCUGCCCUUUACAUGCUUACAACCACAAACAGUUACUCAAUUGCCUAUUUCCUCCCUAUCAUCCUGGAGAAGAGUAUGCAUUUCUCCGUGGCAAAAGCGCAGUGUCUUGUUGCGCCGCCUUAUGUUGCUGCCGCCAUCGUCAUGUACGUCCAGGCUGUUUACUCCGAUAAAUGGCGCUUGCGUGGUCCAGUCGUUGCCGGUAAUGCACUCAUGGGACUACUUGGACUUGGUUUAUUGGGAUAUCUUGAAGAUCCAGCGCCCAGAUAUUUUGGUGUUUUCUUGGCUACUAUCGCUGCAAACGCAAACUGUCCAGCUCUUGUGUCAUGGCAGAGCAACAAUAUCCGCGGACAAUGGAAACGAGCAUUUACAUCCGCGACGCUGAUCGGCGGAGGAAGUAUCGGAGGAAUCAUUGGAACAACAGUAUUCCGCGCUCAAGAUGCACCCAACUAUCGACCAGGUCUGCUCUGUGCCAUGCUCGCCAAUGCCUUGGUUGUCGUUAUCGUGGGCGCAAUGACACUGAAAUUCAACCGGGCAAACAAGCGCGUUGCUGCCGGUGGAAAGCCAAUUGAAGGGCAGAUUGGAUUCAAAUAUACUUACUGA